CGUCCGUAGGCGACUGCGGCGCAGAGCUCGAGGAGGAGAAACAGGGCUGAGUGAGAACCGGGGAGUCGGAAGUGACUUUGUUGUGGAGCUUAGUCUUAAUCAGUUAAUGUUCGUGCUGCAUUGUCAACAAGAGACGCUUUACACAGCAAGAUGAAAGGAAAAACACAGUGUUGAUUUUUCUGUGAGGUGAACGGUUGAGAGAUCGAGUGACGCCAGGACCCGGAGCGAGUGUCCCUCCUCCCGUGCGUCCAUCUUGCGAGGAGCUGCUGAGCGCACUGAGGACCGUCUACAGGCUCCCUGACCGGGGCAGAGACAGCGCCCCUGUACACCUGCCAUCAUGGUGCUGUCACAGAGGCAACGAGAUGAGCUAAAUCGAGCGAUAGCGGAUUACCUCCGAUCAAAUGGCUAUGAAGAGGCUUAUUCUGUUUUUAAGAAGGAAGCAGAGUUAGAUAUGAAUGAAGAAUUAGAUAAGAAGUAUGCAGGCCUUUUGGAAAAGAAAUGGACUUCAGUCAUCAGAUUACAGAAGAAGGUGAUGGAGCUGGAGUCCAAGCUGAACGAAGCUAAAGAGGAGAUCACUUUAGGAGGGCCCAUGGGGCAGAAAAGGGACCCCAAAGAGUGGAUCCCGCGCCCCCCGGAGAAGUACGCGCUCAGCGGACACAGGAGUCCCGUCACGCGCGUCAUCUUUCAUCCCGUCUUCAGCGUCAUGGUGUCUGCCUCGGAAGACGCCACAAUUAAGGUGUGGGACUAUGAAGCGGGAGACUUCGAGAGAACUCUGAAGGGUCAUACGGACUCGGUGCAAGACAUCUCCUUUGAUCAGACCGGAAAGUUGCUGGCCUCCUGCUCGGCAGACAUGACCAUCAAACUCUGGGACUUCCAGGGCUUCGAAUGCAUCAAGACCAUGCACGGACACGACCACAAUGUGUCAUCAGUCGCCAUCAUGCCCAAUGGUGAUCAUAUUGUGUCUGCAUCGAGGGAUAAAACCAUUAAAAUGUGGGAGGUGGCCACUGGUUAUUGUGUGAAGACGUUUGCGGGUCAUCGGGAAUGGGUGAGGAUGGUGCGGCCCAACCAGGACGGCACGCUGUUGGCCAGCUGCUCCAACGACCAGACCGUGCGUGUGUGGGUCACUGCCACCAAGGAGUGCAAAGCUGAGCUGCGGGAGCACGAGCAUGUCGUGGAGUGCAUCUCCUGGGCUCCGGAGAAUGCCUACCCCACUAUACUGGAAGCCACUGGCUCGGAGAACAAGAAGAGCGGUAAGCCCGGUCCGUUCUUGUUGUCUGGAUCCCGAGACAAAACCAUUAAGAUGUGGGAUGUCAGUACUGGCAUGUGCCUUAUGACACUUGUGGGCCAUGACAACUGGGUGCGUGGUGUGCUGUUCCACCCGGGUGGGAGGUUCAUCGUGAGCUGUGCCGACGAUAAGACCCUGCGCACUUGGGACUAUAAGAACAAGCGCUGCAUGAAGACCCUGAGUGCCCACGAACACUUCGUUACCUCUAUGGAUUUCCACAAGACUUCCCCCUACGUGGUGACGGGAAGCGUAGAUCAAACAGUUAAAGUGUGGGAAUGCCGCUGAUCUCGCUCGCCCCGGCCCUUCCUCCGUACCACCACCACUCCUCCUCCCUGCCACGACACUCGUCCUUCGGGACGCGCUCAUCACCAUGGCUACCACCCCAUCCAGCGCUCUUCUAAUAACUAUUGUCCUUUUAUGUAAAUUAUUCUGGAUGUAGUUUUGAGCUUAUUAAAUGUUACAUAAGACACCCUCACAAGGAGAGAAAAAUAAGUUAAGAAAAAAGAAAAACAAGUAUUCUUGCAUGGUGAAUCCCAAACUUGUAUACUGUAAUUAUUAUUAUUAUUAUUAUUAUUAUUUGCUUACCAUCAUCUUGAAGGGUUAAAGAACAUCAAGCAUCGAGUUACAAAAAGGCAGAACGGUCCUUUCUGGGGAAUUCAGAACGGGGCACGGGGAAACCAGGCUCGCUUUUCUUUUUUCUUUUUUUUCCCUUCCCAUUUAUUUAUUUUUCUUUCAUGAUCCGCUGAUGCUUCAGAGAGAGAGCGAGAGAGAGAGAAGAGGGCGAGAAGCUGUUUUUAGUGCUGUCACUAAAGCAAAUUAAAAUCGGACUGGAUGUUUGUCCUCUUAAAGGACUUCUAUUGAUGUAUUUUAGGUGCUAAAUGCUGUACAGUCUUCAUUAAUUCUAAGAUUGAGAUGUGUGAAAGUCUCUGAACUAUAAAUGGAGCUAGAUGGAUGCUUCUGGAACAGUUGGGGGGAGAGAGAGGGAGGAUUUCCUGGUUUGUUUAGGAUUUCGAUUGAGAGCAGUUCGGCCCAGUUAUACGGUUUUGUAUAUAAUGACGCACAAGUAAGUGACGUCUCGGGAAUAAACCAUAAAUCAGCAGUCUGAUAGUAAACCCCUGAUUAUACUGAAGUGCACUUCUUAAAGGAGGUGUGUGUGUGUGUGUGUGUGUGUGUGUGUUUAGCAGGAUUUAAAAUUUAAUUUUUUUUUUUGGUCCUGCGUGCGCAACAUAUCUCUGACGUCUUCGUCGCCAUUGUCCUCCACUUGCACUUGGUUGAUUGACAGCUAGAGGGUAGGAUAGCAGCCGAAUUUUAAAAUAAUAAUAAUAAUAAUAAUAAUAACGGUGCUUGUUGUCCUUGUAUAUAAGGAAUUGUUCGAAGCAAGAUUUUCCAAAGGGACACCAAAUUCCGCCAUGUUUAUUAGCAGACAUGUCUCAUCGAAGCUUUACAACAUUCAAUCUAUACAUCAGCUCUUUUUUUUUUUUUAAUAGAUAUCUAAACAGAACACAUCAUCUUUCAUAUAAUACUCUCUGAGACAAAGGGUUUUUAACCCUCCACACGUGGGAGGAGGGGAGGAGGAAGGCCACGUAUCGCACGGUCACAGCUUCAUCAGUCCACUUCUGCAGCUUCUUUACAUGUGGUGUGUUCUUCUCUGACGUGUGUGUGUGUGUGUGUGUGUUUGUGUGUGUGGCUCAGCUGCCACUGAAAGAAGCUUUCCAGCAUGUGUUCUCAACGGUACCGCUUCGCGCCAUUGUGCAGGGCGAGCUACCUAGUCAGACUGUCUUGAAUCAGGGAAGCUCGACACUUUGGGUUUGUUUGUUUGUUUGUUUGUUUGUUUCUUUCUUCUUUAAUGCGAAUUAUCUCGUCCACUAAAUUUGCACCGACGGACCCGCCGAGUCUGGCUGCGCGUGCGUGGUAACGAAAUAAAGACGCCUCCUAGCUAGAUCAACGAGUGCAAUAACAAUAGGCUGCUCUGCGUUAACCUUUUGACGGACAGGUAUGCGCGAGUCGUGUAGUAAACGAACCUCCGUCGUGUCACGGACCGAACGAUUUAGAAAGAAGCGACACGAACGUGAAGUGAGAAACCCCUCCCUCGGAUCGUGUCGAGCUAGGGCGGAUUUUUUAAGCACCUUAAGGGAGUUACGUAGGAGGUGCACGCGGUUGUGACGGUUUUUAACGGUGGUUGUAUAGGCCCGGCCUCUGCUAUUCCAAAGCUCUGUAUGUCGUAUCAGUGGACAUGUGAAAGGAUCUUAGAGCUUCGCUGUAUGUGCAGUAGGUUUGUGCAUUCAGUUCGCUCCGAGUCCAGUCGUUUGCUCUCUAUGCCUUGUUAAUAUACUGAAGCCCCCUAGACCUUCAUUCUGUUUUUUUGUGAUCUCACUCGUACACACACACACACACACACACACUCACACUCACUCACAUAUACACUGACAAAAUAUAAGUUGUGUACCAAUAUAUCUGGAUGUCAUUGUUUGCAACAUAAUUAAGAGUAAUAAAAACUGUAAAUAUAAAGCAA